AUGCAGGCUGUGAAGGAUAAACUACAUGAUAUGACCACCAUGCGCAAGGCCAAGGCUGAAGCAAAGGCCGAGGAGAAGGCGGAGAAGGAAUUGGCAAAAGCGCGGAUGGAUGUUGCUCAUGAGGUCCGAUUGGCGAGAGAGGCGGAAGCAGAAAUGGAGCUGCAUGUGGCCAAGGCUGGGCAAAGGGUCGAGAGGGAGAUUGCAAAGCAUGAAUUCAAUGAGAAUGAUUAUAUUGUGCCUCAAAAUAAUAAUAUUAAUAUGGAUGGCAAGGUCUCCAACCACGGAACUCAAAAUGAUGAUGCCAGAAGCUAUGGAGCUGGAUAUGCUUCUCACACUGAUAAUUACUGCGGCGGCGGCAAUAUUAAUAGUAACGCCGCCACUACCAAUCUCACAGGGGCUCCAGCUGAUGCCACUGCUGCUGCAAAUUGUACCAGUGCUGGUCGUGCUGCUUCGUUUCCUCACAAUGAACGCUUGUGA